AUCACGACACACGUCACGAACAACCGAUCGCUUCCCCAAGUCUCUGUCACACUCUCUCCCCGCUUCUGGAGCCCUCGGUCCCUUCCCCGACCCUAAUCCUUUCUCCCGAUUCGAUCGCUCUGAGCCGGAGUGGUGCGUGAGAACCCUAGCGCGAAUAACGAUGCAGCAGCUGAGGCUCAAGCAGCAGCAGGCUUUGAUGCAGCAAGCCCUCCUACUCCAGCAGCAGCAGCAGCAGUCCCUCUACCCGCACCCUGGCCUCUUGGCUGCUCCUCAGAUAGAGCCUAUUCUAAGUGGGAAUCUGCCUCCUGGGUUUGAUCCAAGCACAUGUCGCAGUGUGUACGUAGGAAAUGUUCAUCUUCAAGUUACUGAACCCCUUCUUCAAGAAGUUUUCCAAAGUACUGGUCUUGUUGAGGGAUGCAAACUUAUUAGGAAAGAGAAGUCAUCCUUUGGUUUUGUGGAUUAUUAUGACCGCCGAUCAGCUGCCCUUGCAAUUGUAACACUUAACGGGAGGCAGCUGUUUGGCCAACCUAUUAAGGUUAAUUGGGCAUAUGCCAGUGGUCAAAGAGAGGACACAUCAGGGCAGUACAACAUCUUUGUUGGUGAUCUUAGUCCCGAGGUCACAGAUGCCACUUUGUUUGCAUGCUUCUCUGUGUAUCAGAGCUGCUCAGAUGCAAGAGUCAUGUGGGACCAAAAAACUGGGCGUUCAAGGGGGUUUGGUUUUGUUUCUUUCCGGAAUCAACAGGAUGCUCAAAGUGCCAUAAAUGACUUGAAUGGUAAGUGGCUUGGCAGUCGGCAAAUCCGUUGUAACUGGGCUACAAAGGGAGCUAAUUCUAAUGAAGACAAACAAAAUUCAGACUCCAAGAGUGUGGUGGAGCUAACAAAUGGAUCUGCUGAUGACGGCCAGGAAAACACAAAUGAUGAUAGUCCAGAGAAUAACCCACAAUAUACAACUGUCUAUGUGGGUAACCUUGCUCAUGAGGUUACACAGGUUGAUCUCCACCGCUAUUUCCAUGCCCUGGGUGCUGGAGUGAUUGAGGAUGUUCGCAUACAACAUGAUAAAGGGUUUGGUUUUGUGAGAUACAGUGACCAUUCUGAAGCUGCUUUGGCUAUUCAAAUGGGGAAUGGUCGAAUCUUUUGUGGAAAACCAAUUAAGUGUUCUUGGGGCAGCAAACCAACGCCACUUGGGACGGCCUCAACACCGCUGCCUCCACCCACAGCUGCUCCAUUCCCCGAACUCUCCGCAACUGACCUCCUUGGUCACGAUGGCUCUUUGGUGUUGAGCAAGAUGGGCGGCAACCAGGCAUUGAUGCAUGCUCAGGGUCAGGUUGCUCUCAAGCAAGCUGCACUGGGAAUGGGCGCUGGUGCCAGCCAGGCUAUCUACGAUGGCGGGUUCCAAAAUGUUAGUGCGGCACAGCAGUUCAUGUACUAUUAGUGAUUGGAUUCCUCCAUGGACUCCGUUGAUCUUCUGAAGCUUUUCCUUUUGUGGAUCAGACACUUUCUUUAAUACUUCCACUAUGUCUCAAUUUGGUCACAUGUAAUUGUAUCACUGCAGAAGUACGAUGUAGACAUGGAAUGCCCAUAGGGUUUGAUGAGACUACAUGGGGAGUCUUUUAACCUAUAUGUCCUCCCCCCUUCUCCCUUUUUUGUUCCUAUUUUUUAGAUCUCGAGGGGACACUCAUUGGUGUUGUAGUUUCUAUAUGAUUUGGUCUUAAUACUACAUCUGUAUAUUGUAGAUCCUUAAAUUUAUAAUGGGUACUCGUGAAAGUAAUGUGGUUGAGAAAGGAAUAUGUUAAUGAUA